AUCACAUCGAUUAUCUAAAAAUUGGAAAAUGUGCGGCACAACCAACAUACGCCUUUCCACCGCCACCUACACUGAUUCCCCCACAAAGCUCAGCUCCGCCUCCGCCUUUUCCAGCUUAUACCCUCAGCCCCUUUCUUACUCUGCUCUUUCAUUUUCCGGGAGCUUAAAUUUUGCAUCUUUCAGGCAAGCUCGUGCGACGUCAUCGUUCGCCAUGGCCACUCCGAUUUCAGUGAAAGUCAACGCCUCUUCCACCGUAGGGGCACUUAACAACGAAUUGGAAGCUUCAUCUACUAGAAAGGUUGGAGCUGAUGACUUGUUGAUUGUUGGGCCAGGGGUCCUGGGACGCAUCAUGGCUGAAAAAUGGCGGAAGGAGCAUCCUGGAUGUCAAAUUUAUGGGCAGACAUUAACGACUGGUCAUCAUGAUGAGUUAAUAAAGAUGGGGAUCAGUCCAUUUCUCAAGGGGGGAAUCCAAGUAGCUUCCAAGUUUUCCCAAGUCAUCUUCUGUGCUCCUCCAUACGGAACCGCGGAUUAUCCCGCAACCUUAAGCUGGAAUGGUGAAGGUUCCUUCCUAUUUACUUCAAGCUCGGCCCCCUAUGACUGCAACGACAAUGGAGAUUGUGACGAGGACACUCCAGUAGUACCCAUUGGAAGGAGCCCGCGGACAGAUAAUCUACUAAAGGCAGAGAAAGUAGUGCUCGAGGUUGGGGGUUGCGUUGAUGCAGCUUCUCUUUCGAUUGCCAUCUUAAAAAAGAAUCUUCGCAGCAGGAUCUUUCUAGGAUGUGAUAAUCACCCUAUAUCCAGACAGGAAUUGAUGGACUUGGUUAAUAAGAGUGGAAAAUAUAGUAAGAAGUUUGAGGCUUUUACAGGAACUUCAGACCCUUUAGGUAAGAAAUUGAACAACUCGAAAACUCGUGCAGAACUUGGUUGGGAGCCAAAAUAUCCGAGCUUUGCUCAAUUCCUUGAGACGCUUUAAGUAGCGUUUCCAGUGAAAACUUGUGCCCUAAAUUUACUUUUGGAGCAAGUGAUGUUCAUACAGAUUUGUCAUUGAUGAGUAUUCUUUUUGAAGUACUUGGUGUCUUUGCCUGAAAUCCAUGUUGUUAUCUUCCAAU